GGCAGCUGUGGCCGCGGGACAAACGGCCGCAGAGUUAGCAGCUGGAUCCUUGUGCAGCGUCCACGGGUCGGGGGUCCGGCUCGGCUUCGCUGGGUUUUCUGCCUCUGGGUCUGUCUCGAGGCCACGGUCCAGGCUUCAGCCCUGACUGGGGUGUCACCUGAGGCCUGAGGUCCCUCCCCCGUGCUCACACAGUUGGUGGCAGACGUGGCACUCAGGGUGCCUAGCUGCUCUGAGGCCAGCAGGACCCUCUCUGAUCUCAGGGAAGGGCCAAGUCCUCGGUCUGAGCAUCACCUGAUUAGGUCAGGCCCACCCAGGGUAACCUCCCUUCGUUGCAUCACUCAGUCCCUUUACCUAGACAUGGGAGUGACAGCCCGUCACCUUCACAGGCCCCGUCCCCAAGGGGAGACGGGGUGUGGGGCUCCCCAGGGCCGUCUUAGAAUCCCACCGGCUACAUGUGGGUGCAGUUGGCACCCGGCUUAUCUGUCAACCUGCUUGCGCUGCUGAAGGGGAUUCCGGAUAUGACGACAAUGGGAGCAUUUAUGGAGCGCCUACUGUGUGCAGGGCACAGUUCUAGACCCGACAUGCGGAUUACUUGCUUUAACCCUUGCAUACCUGAGAGGCUGUCACCGCCCGAGGCCAGGGUUUGGGCAGAGCGGUGCCCCCGGGACGUGCGCGUGGGAGGGGCACAGGGACAGCACGUGCGCAGGGGCGGGUGGCCGGAGCUGCUCCUGGUGGGCGCCCUGUCAGUGCCGGUUCCUCCUGCUGCCGCAGCGGUGGCUUCCUCGAGGCCCCCGUCCCCACUGCCGCGGCCUGAGUUCCCCAUUCCCGCCGCGGGCGGGCGGGAGGCCCUGACACGGGGUUGCCCAACGCCGCCCCGGGGUCCUUUGCCUGCGAGCGCGUCACCACCAGUCUUGCGCCAUCGCACCUGGACCUCCGGGGGAGGCUGUCCCCACUUCCAGGAAGGAAGCAGGCCUGGUGGGAUCCAGAGGCCCCCCCUGCCCCGUUCUGCCCGGAUUCGGAUUCGGGUGGCGGCCGUGAAGGGGGUGCCGGGGGUCCAGGCCGCGCUGACCCCCGCCCGCCGCAGGUACGCCUUCACCGUGGUGGCCAACAUCACCGUCUUCGGCGCCGCCUGGCUGCUGCUGCGCCUGCAGGGCUCUGCGCGCGAGGGGCCCCCCGAGGAGGCCGGCGACCACCUGGGGGUCCAGGACGUGCCGGUGUUCCGGACCCUGUCGCUGUGCGUCGUGGGCGUGGGCGCCGUCUUCUCGCUGCUGUUCCACCUGGGCACCCGGGAGAGGCGCCGGCCACCGGCGCAGGAGCCGGACGAGCGCAGCCCGCUGCUGGCCCCGGCCACCGCGCGCCCGCUGCUGCUCUGGAAGCACUGGCUCCGCGAGCCCUCCUUCUACCAGGUGGGCCUGCUGUACAUGAGCACGAGGCUCAUCGUGAACCUGUCCCAGACGUACAUCGCCAUGUAUCUCACCUACUCCCUCAACCUGCCCAAGAAGUUCAUCGCCACCAUCCCCCUGGUGAUGUACGUCAGCGGCUUCUGCUCGUCCUUCCUCAUGAAGCCGGUGAACAAGUGCAUCGGGAGGAAUAUGACCUACUUCGUGGGCCUCCUGGUGAUCCUGGCCUUCGCAGCCUGGGUGGCGCUGGUCGAUGAGCUGGGCAUGGCCGUGUACGUGGCCGCCGUGCUGCUGGGCGGGGGCUGUGCCACCAUCCUCGUCACUUCACUGGCCAUGACGGCUGACCUCAUCGGCCCGCACACGCACAGCGGAGCUUUCGUGUACGGCGCCAUGAGCUUCUCAGAUAAGGUGGCCAAUGGGCUGGCGGUCAUGGUCAUCCAGAGCCUGCACCCUUGCUCCCUGGAGCUGUGCUGCAGGGCCUGCGUGGGCUUCUACCACUGGGUGAUGGUGGCCGUGACGGGCGGCGUGGGCGUGGCCGCCACCCUCUCCCUGUGCAGCCUCCUCGUCUGGCCGAUCCGCCUGCGGAGCUGGGACCCUGGAGCCCAACCCUGACCCCCCCACGACCCCCGUGUGGAGGAAGCACGACUGCACAUUCCACGUCCAGCCGAGGCCGAGAAGCGCCCUGCCUGGCUGCGGGCCGGCGGGCGAGGGCGGGACACGCAGGACCCUGGCGGCUUAUCCCGCUGGGACAGGGCCCCUGAGCUAGGCCCUGAGGUCCCCAGGGCCGUGGGGUCCUCGCAGGUCUGGGGGUGCCCCGGUCCAGCUCUGGAUGGUCUGGGGCCCUCUCUCUGUUGUGUGGGGGCAGGACGUGAGGGGCCCAGGGCUGUGCCGGGCUCAGCCCCGGUUCCUGGCUCAUCCUCGGCCCCGCUGGGGUCUCCCGGCCGCUGCCAGGCCUCUUGGGGACAGUGUGUCACGGAGGCAGCCAGGAGUCCCCACUGGGGCUGCCCAGGCCCGGGGUGCCAGCAGGUGAGCCCAGCUCCUGGCUGCGCCAACAGUGAAUAAAGAGCCGCCGGUGGGCGCGCGAGGA